AUGGUUUCCCAAUCCAUCCUCCUACUCGCUGCCACUGCUGGCCUCGCAUUGACAGCACCCAUUGAAACUUCCCUCGAACGUCGCGGCAACCUUCCCGAACCCGUCUCGGCCGCAACAGCAAUCCAAUACCUCUCCUCCAUCAAGGUUGCCGCCGAGUCCAACAGCCCCGCCUACGACAGAGAUCUCUUCAAGCACUGGAUCACCAUCAGCGGCGAGUGCAACACCCGUGAGACCGUUCUCAAGCGCGAUGGCACUGGUGUAGUGACUUCCUCUGCUUGCGCCGCUACGUCUGGCUCUUGGUACUCUGAUUAUGAUGGCAAGACGUGGACAGCGGCCGCGGAUGUGGACAUUGAUCACUUGGUUCCGCUGAAGGAGGCUUGGGUUUCAGGAGCCAAGGAUUGGACGAACGACAGGAGACAGCAGUUUGCUAAUGAUCUUACUCGUCCUCAGUUGUUGGCUGUUACCGAUAGUCUCAACCAAGCCAAGGGCGACCAAGAUCUUGCAGAGUGGCUUCCUCCCCGUGUUGCAUACCAAUGCGAGUAUGUCCGUGCUUGGGUACAGGUCAAGUACUACUACGGCUUGACCAUGGAUAGCGCCGAGAAGGCUGCCGCCAGCAAAGUCUUAACUGGCUGCUAA